AUGCCCACCAACGGCCUGCACCAGGAGCUGAAGGUCCAGUUUGGCCUUGUCAACGACACCGGCCGCUACCUGACGGCCGAGAACUUCGGCUUCAAGGUCAAUGCCUCGGCCCCCAGCCUCAAGAGGAAGCAGACGUGGGUGCUAGAGCCCGACCCGGGGCAGGGCUGCGCCGUGCUCUUCCGCAGCAGCCACCUGGGCCGCUACCUGUCCGCCGAGGAGGACGGGCGCGUGGCCUGUGAGGCCGAGCGGCCGGGCCGCGACUGCCGCUUCCUGGUGCUUCCGCAGCCCGAUGGGCGCUGGGCGCUGCGGUCGGAGCCGCACGGCCGCUUCUUUGGCGGCACCGAGGACCAGCUGUCCUGCUUCGCCACAGCCGUCUCCGCGGCCGAGCUCUGGACCGUGCACCUGGCCAUCCACCCGCAGGCGCACCUGCUGAGUGUCAGCCGCCGGCGCUACGUGCACCUGUGCGCGCAGGAGGACCAGAUGGCGGCCGACAGCGACCGGCCCUGGGGCGUGGACGCGCUCAUCACGCUCACCUUCCGGAGCCGGCAGUACUGCCUGCGGUCCUGCGACAGCCGCUACCUGCGCAGCGACGGCCGCCUGGUGUGGGAGCCCGAGCCGCAGGCCCGCUACACGCUUGAGUUCAAGGCCGGCAAGCUGGCCUUCAAGGACGCCGACGGCCACUACCUGGCGCCCGUGGGGCCGGCCGGCACACUCAGGGCAGGCCGCAACACGCGGCCGGGCAAGGACGAGCUCUUCGACCUGGAGGAGAGUCACCCGCAGGUGGUGCUGGUGGCCGCCAACCACCGCUACGUGUCUGUGCGGCAAGGGGUCAACGUCUCAGCCAACCAGGACGAGGAGCUGCAUCAUGAGACCUUCCUGAUGCAAAUUGACCAGGAGACGAAGAAGUGCACCUUCUAUUCCAGCACGGGGGGCUACUGGACCCUUGUCACCCACGGGGGCAUCCACGCCACAGCCACACAGGUUUCUGCAAACACCAUGUUUGAGGUGGAGUGGCGUGGCCGGCGGGUGGCCCUCAAGGCCAGUAAUGGCCGUUAUCUGUGCAUGAAGAAGAACGGACAGCUGGCAGCCAUCAGCGAUUUUGUGGGUGAGGACGAGGAGUUCAUUCUCAAGCUCAUCAACCGGCCCAUCCUCGUGCUGCGGGGCCUGGACGGCUUCGUCUGCCACCGCCGGGGCUCCAACCAGCUGGACACCAACCGCUCGGUCUACGACGUCUUCCACCUGAGCUUCCGCGACGGCGCCUACCAGAUCCGAGGCCGCGGCGGCGGGUUCUGGUACACCGGCAGCCACGGCAGCGUGUACAGCGACGGCGAGCGCCCCGAGGACUUCCUCUUCGAGUUCCGCGAGCGCGGCCGCCUGGCCAUCCGCGUCCGGGGCGGCAAGUACCUGCGCGGGGGCGCCUCGGGGCUGCUGCGCGCGGACGCGGACACGCCGGCCGGGGUCGCGCUCUGGGAGUACUGAGCGGGCGGCCCGACCCCCCCCAUUAAACCGUGUCUCGGACGCAGCGGCUGGCGGACUCCGUGGCGCCGCGAGGGGAGGGUCGUGCGCGGACGGCCCGCCCCGCCCCCGCCAGGCCCCGGGGCUCCGGCCGCGGCUGCUCCACCUCCCCACCCCGCAGCGCAGGAGACGCAGGGCGGGCGCGUGUGGCUCGGAGUGGGGUCCAGCGGGUGGGACACCCCCGCCCCCGUCCCGGCAGAGUGCGGGGUUAGGCCGGUCACAGGUUCUUUGGGGUGACGAUCCCCCCACGCGGAUCCGGGUCUCAGGAAAAACCCAGCGCACGUGAGGUGAGAACGACCCCGCCCCUCCCAAACAGGGUGCGAGUGGCCAGCCCUGGGGAAAGGGCC